UAGCAGAGGUGCGUAUGUUUUCAAAAGUGCCCUAUAUUAAAAGCGAACAGUGAGGGUCAUUUGUGAAAAAACUUUACACAAUGGCGCUUCCCACCAAUACCCAAGAUCACAUUUGGAGAGCUGCUCUGUCCGAAUUCUUCUCAACACUCAUUUUCGUCUUCGCCGCCUCCGGCUCCGCCAUUGUUGUCAAAAACCUCAGCGUCGACGAGCCCACUGCUACCCUCGCCGUCGUCAUUGCCAACGCCUUCGCCCUCUCCGCUGCCGUCUCCUUCGGCACAAAAAUUUCCAGCGGCCACGUCAACCCUGCAGUCACCUUCGCCGGCUUUGUCGGCGGCGAACUUACCUGGCUCCGCUGCAUCAUCUUCUGGUUAGCGCAGCUCCUCGGCUCCGUUAUCGCCUGCUUGCUCCUAAAGUUCAUCUCCGGCGGACAGAGAAUACCGGAUUUUGAACGUUCGAGUGGUAUAGAAGUGGGAAAUGCUGUGAUGUUGGAUAUAGGGAGGACAUUUGCUUUCGUGAGCGGGGUGCAUCGCAUUUACUCGAGUAGCAGCAGGAACAUUUCGAAAACGAUGGCAUUUCUUAUUGGCUUAGUCGUUGGAGCCAAUUAUUUGUGGGUGAGGCUUUUUUUUGAUGGGGUCUGCAUGAACCCGGCUGCAUUGUUUGGGCCUUCUCUGGUGGGCUGGAGCUGGGAAAACCAUCGGGUUUACUGGGAUUUAGCAUUUGAUUUGUCCCUCUCUACCCUUCUUGGGGACAACGUCUACAACUUUGGAGAGCUACUUGCCCAUCCUAUAGUGAGUAAUUACAUCAAAAUAUUUGGAGCACCUAUUUUCUGAAAUUUCUCUGUUUUUAUCAUUUUACUAUGUUGGUUCACACAGCCUAUACUUUGUUUUGUCUUUCAUUUUACUACGUUGGUUAUCACAGUCUAUACUAUGUUAAACAGAUCUUAAAUGUUUAGAUUGUU